CGAUAGCCACUGCUUCUCGCUUCAGUUCCUCUGCAGCUUCCUCUUCGACAUCGAUGAUUUAGAGCCGGUCUCGACGUCAUUUCUAUGAUACUGCGCGAUCGGUACGCCGUCCGACCGUCGUCGACCGUUCUACGUCCUUGACCAAGGCGGGAAUCUUGUGACGGCUUCAGUUCUUUCAAAGAUCACAUCCCAAGAUGCCCCACGCUACAGAGAACGGUGCGCUCAACGCCGAGGACGCCGAUUUCAACAAUGUUAUGCAACAGAUCAACGGGCCCUUCGGGGAGGGCGGCGUGUCUUUCGAUUUUAUGUCUCGCGAGUUAGAGCCAGGCGAGAAGGCAGACGACGCAAUCGACUACGAGGACAUCGACGAUGAUGACCUCCCCGAGGAGGAAGAAGGAGGCGCUCCUCCUGCGACGGCGAGAGAUAUCGAUAUGGCACCCCCUGGCGAGCAGGAGAAGGAGGACUGGGGAGAAGAUAUCUUUGGAAUGGAUGAAGAGGCUGGAAAGCGCGAAGAGGGCGAUGAUGAGCUGGACGAUUUAUUUGGUGAAGCCCCGUCACCAACCGCAGGGAACCAGGCCGACGAGACACGAGAUCUCUUUUUUGAGGAGGAAGAGGGUCCAUCGCUGGCAGCUGGCGAUGCUGGUGCCACCGACGCUCCGGUGGCAGAGGCUGAGGUCGAGGCAGAAGCGAUGGAAGAGGGUAGCAUUCUCGAAGGAGAAGAGCCUUCCUCACCUACUGUUGAGGACAUGGAUCCCGCUACUCUUCGAGCAUGGAAACUUCAACAGGCCUUGUUUGCUAUGUCUGCAGUCGGCCCGGAUAAUCCGCCUGCCCCUCCAGAGAACGUGGAAGAGCUGCUUGAGUCACUAUGGCCAGGGUUUGAUCGUAAAGCUCUGCCACGGUUCUUGGAACUCAUUCCUCAUAAGAAGGCUUACUUCGUCGGAAAACAGGCCCUGAAGCCCCCGAAACCAGUGCAGCCGACAAAAAUCAACCUAGAGCUUGCUCAAGACCAGGAGCGUGUAUUCAAAGCGGGAGGCCAAGUCAGCAAGCGCGCUCUCGAAUCAGAACAACUUGGCAUAAUUCCGAUCACUGUGACUGUGCAAGAGGAAGAAGAAAGUCCGAUCGAAGAGAUCGAUUUCGAGACGGAUCCGGAAGAAGUGCUCCCUGGGGGGGUUACCAUGCAGGACCUUCAUGUGAUUUGCACAGAUUGGGAGGUCAAAACGGACGUUUCUGAAAUGGAUCUCGACGAAGAGCCUGAACCGGCCAAAGACAUGGACGAAGCCGCUGAGGAGGAUGACUGGCUAUUCGAGACUACACGGCCCGCGAAGAAGCGUAAGCUGGGGAAGGAUCCAAACGAAAUCAUAGCUUUAUCACACAUCGACAUUCCGCCACUCGACGAUCCUGAGCAGAUCACAGCUGGGAUCGCCAAGAAGGUCACGAUUGAUCUGAACGAUCCCCAUCUACUCCUUGACGAGCGAGGUCCCGAGUCUGCCGUGCAGAAGCCCAAGGCUUUGGGAGCUAUCAAUCGGGAUGAAAUGGACGCCAAUGUCACCAAACGCCUGACAAAACGCUACAACAUUUCAAACGACGAGGCAUAUGACAUGCUCAAGGAGAAUCACCAGAACAAGGUGCGCAGUACGCUCGGUAAUGUAACCCUCGAGCAUAGUAUGCCCGCUUUGCGCUUGCAGUGGCCUUACUAUAAGACUGAGCUGUCUACCUCGGAGGCACGAUCCUUCCAUCGCCCAGCUUUGACCUUCCGACCUGGCCAAUCCGUCUGGUUCAAGAACCCCGCGUACAUCAAGCGGAAGCAUCAAAAAGGCAAGGAUAUCAAGACUCUUUACAACUCUACUAAAGACCUUUCAGCGGCGGACAACUCGAACGUUCUCCUGGUCGAGUAUUCCGAGGAAGUUCCAACCAUGAUGUCGAAUUUCGGAAUGGCCAAUCGCUUCAUAAACUACUACCGUCGGAAAAACAUGGAGGAUUCGUCUCGGCCAAAAGCAGAGAUCGGUGAGACGGUCGUGCUCCUGCCUCAGGAUAAGAGUCCAUUUUCCAUCUUCGGACACAUUGAUCCCGGCGAGACGACAGCAGCUAUCUCAAACUCUAUGUACCGUGCUCCAUUAUUCCACCAUCAACCUAGGUCUACGGACUUUCUGGUCAUUCGCUCCAGUACCGGUAGCGGUGGAUCCGAUUACUUCGUGAGGAAUAUCGACAAUCUCUAUCUUGCUGGCCAGCAAUUGCCGUCCACGGAUGUACCCGGACCCCAUUCUCGAAAGGUCACCACGACAGCCAAGAAUCGCCUGAAGAUGCUCACCUUCCGUCUCAUGAAAAAGUCUGGCGAUAUGAAAUUGUCGAUAUCUGACAUUACUGCUCAUUUCCCGGGUACCUCGGACAUGCAGAAUCGUCAGAGAAUGAAAGACUUUGUCCACCACGAUAAGGAGUCGAAGCAAUGGGUUCCAAAAUUCCUAGAUGCUAUACCUGACUCUGACACAAUACGCUCCUGGAUUCAACCGGAGGAUGUCUGUCUUCUGGAAUCUAUGCAGGUCGGUCAGCAACAUCUGCACGAUGCAGGUUAUGCAAACGAUGCAGAAAAGGGUGGCGACGACGAUGAAGAUGUGGAAGGCGAGAGUUUUGAACAACAGAUGGCUCCUUGGAAGACCACGCGCAACUUCCUGUUAGCCUCGCAAGGCAAGGCCAUGUUGAAGCUUCACGGUGAAGGUGACCCUACUGGCCGUGGCGAAGGUUUCAGUUUUAUCAAAACCUCGAUGAAAGGUGGCUUCAAGGCCAUUGGCGAGAGUGUCGAGGAUAAACUAGACGCACAGAGACUCAAGGAGCUGGGCGGCCACAGUUAUAACGUGGCUCGUCAGCAGAAAUCGUACGAGACUUCCAUCCGCCGUAUCUGGGAUGCCCAGAAAGCGAGCUUAUCUUCAACCGUUGAGCAUUCGGACGCCGAGAGUGACAUCGAUCAGGAAGAUGAGGAAGAUGAAUUCAGCAAGCCCACGCCAAGAUCGGAGGCUCCUACCCCAGCAGCUUUCCGCAGGGAUGAUGAAACUACCAGUCAGUUCAGUAGACUAAGCACAACCAGCCAAAAGAACAAAGUCUUGAGGAUCGUUCGCGAUUACGAAGACGAAAAUGGCAACGUCUAUCAGAAGGAGCAGUUGGUUUGGGACCCCCGGGUUAUCAGACAGUACACCCAGUACCGCUUCAAGAUGGAGGCUCUCCAGACAAAACUCGAUAAGAUCGAACCUACGGGCGACCGUGAAGUGGACGCUCGUAACAUGAAACUACUCGAAGCGGAACUUGGCAGACUCAACCGGAACAAAGAACGCCGCUUCGCUCGCGAGAAGCAGAAAGGAGUCAGCUCAAAACCAAAUGGGGAAUCUCCCAGCGAAGCCGGAACUCCCGGAGCUGGAAAGCCAGCAGGCACCCAAAGAAAGUGUGCCAACUGUGGUCAAGUCGGCCACAUCAAGACCAACAAAAAGCUCUGUCCCCUUCUCAACGGUACAAUGAAACCCGAAGAUCGAAUCAGCGGAUCCGCUUUUGCCAUGGGCUUGCCACCAGCCGUUUAACUUCCACUCCUCACUUCUUCCCCUAUCGGUUCGGCCAAAGCAAAGAACACAAGAUCGAAUCGAGUCAAACCGAUCGAAAAACCUAUUCUCCGACACAGCGAUUCCCGUCUCAGUUUUCUCCCUGGAAUUCAAAUUCAAUAAAUUUAUCUCAACCAUCAAUCAAUCACACUUCCCCGUCGAUCCUGGCUGAUUCAGCGGGGGAGGAAACAACAAAAUACCAUAUCCCGCUUAUUUUUGUACCUGUACAUACAUAUACUUUGCACGGUGAGACUUGAUUAUGCUCUUUACUUUUAGUGCUGUCUAGAUGGACAUGUGGGGAAUUUGUUCUUUUCUUUUCUUUUUUUCUUUUGCGGGAAGAAAAGCCUCAUCUCAAUAGGUACCGGUUUACGAUUCUAUUAAUUGUUGUUAUU